CCGCAUGAACACCGCGCACGUCUGCAGAAAAUAAACUUAAAAAUAAAAUUAGUGCGGAAGAAGGCGAAAAUAUAAGAUAAUUUGUGCAUUUACAGUUAAAACAUCAUUUCGGCUACGCGCUACCAUAGUUUUUAUGCACGGAUGCGUCGCAGAAAUGUGUAUAUUUUGUGAUUAAAAAUUCCCCCCAUCUGAGAUGUCUCAAACAUGAAUGAAGGUAAUUCAGCAGGAGGGGGGCAUGAAGGGCUAAGCCCAGCCCCUCCUGCUGUGCCAGACCGUGUAACGUUACAAUCUACGGAAAAAACAGUUACAGCGCCAAAAUUGGCAACGACCCUAGCCACCCACAACAACAAUAAAAUCGCAGCAAACGUUUCAACGGCUAAUCGAAAUCAAUCGCAGCAAAAAGGAAGCAAGCAGCAACAGCAGCAGCUGCCAAGUGCGCAGCUGCCUGUGCCGCUGACGCCCUUGCAGCAGCAAACGGCAGAGGCAACAGCAGCAGCAAGGUCGCCAGCAGCAUCAUCCUUUCCCACUUCACAAACAAACAAUAAUCCGAUCAACGCAGAAGAGUCUUCAUCGCCAACACAGCCAAAACGUCAGCGCUUAGACAACUUAAAUUCAUCCGAAGCUGCCAUUACCAGUAUUGUUGGUGCUGCUGUUACAAGCAACGUUGUUGGCUCAUUGCUGCCAGCGUCUGUGGCUGCCAGUGCUGACGUUAGUGGACCAUCAUCGGAGGCGCAACAAGAUUUAAUUGCGCUUAAGAAGCGUUUACUGCAACAAAAGUAUCAAGUUUUGCGUAAUCUUAAGGAAAGACAUCUUGAAAAUGUGUCCGAAUACUUUUAUCUACAAAACGGCGGCAGUAUGAUGGACUACCCCGCGUGGCGUAAGAAAACACCAACACCGCAGUUCAUCAGCUACAGCAAUGCGAAUCGUAUAGAUCAGCUGAUACUCGAGGAUAAGCCAAGCACAUCUGCCGCAGCUGCUGCGGCGCAAGCACAAAGAACUCAAGAACAACAGCAACUGGACACAGUAUCUGAAGUCAAUAGCAAUAUAAAUACAACAGCAACGGACCCAACACAGGCAGAUACCACACAGCAAAUUAGUACGCAAAAUCAAUUAACAACAAAUAUUGGAAGCACCAUAAGUAACGCCAGCAGCAAUAGUAGCAGCAACAACAACAACAGCAGCAAAUCAUCAGGAAGCUUGGCAAGCGCUGUGCGUAGCCAUCCGAAUUCCAAUUGUAACAACAGUGCAGCACCGGCAACGUUGCCCACAGCAGUUAACGUAGUCGAGCCAAGCGGUAAUGUUCUACCACCGGAGGCGGAAAUUAAAAUUCCAGCUGUUGGUGCAACACCCGUGGCCAUCUCGACGAAAUUACCCGCCGCGGUUGUCCAACUUACACAGCAAGGUCACAUACCCGGUAGACCUCUAGGAGGUCGUCACGGUAUGGUCUUCGGUCAAAUACCCGCGCCUCCUGCCGUAGGAAAUUCUUCUGUACCUUUGGUGCCAGGUGGAACACCGCUGGUACCCUGCAGUACUUCAGUGGGUUCGACUGCGCUGCGUCGGACGGAUAACAGAAACACACCGAAUGCUGCAAUCACAAGUAUUGCAGCCACUCCAACGCAGCCAACGUUCAGUGGUGGCACCAAUGGACCCGAUGGAAACAGUAACGUCGCAGGCGUCACGCCUUGCACUCCUGGCAGCAGUCUGCUCAGUCCCUUGGACAGUUCUGCAACACCAAAUAGCGCACAGGAGUUUUCGUUUAAAGCCAAACAGGAGGUGUACGUCAUGCAGCGUAUAUCCGAAUUACAGAGAGAGGGAUUAUGGACUGAGCGGCGGCUGCCCAAGCUGCAGGAACCCAGUCGGCCGAAGGCUCAUUGGGACUAUCUGCUGGAAGAGAUGGUGUGGUUAGCCGCUGAUUUUGCGCAGGAGCGCAAAUGGAAGAAGAACGCAGCAAAGAAAUGUGCCAAAAUGGUACAGAAAUACUUCCAGGACAAAGCCAAUGCUGCACAGCGUGCCGAAAAGGCGCAAGAGCUGCAUCUGAAAAGAGUGGCAUCUUUCAUUUCCCGAGAAGUAAAGAGCUUUUGGUCAAAUGUUGAAAAGUUGGUGGAAUACAAGCACCAAACAAAGAUCGAGGAGAAGCGCAAGCAAGCAUUGGAUCAACAUCUCAGCUUUAUAGUCGAUCAAACGGAAAAAUUCUCACAGCAGCUGGCUGAGGGCAUGAACAAAAAUGUUGCUGAGACGCCAAGUAUGACAUCCAGUCGAUUGACAUCACCCAAGCGAGAAUCUGAUGAUGAGUUUCGUCCGGAAUCGAAUUCAGAAGACGACGAAGAGACGAUUGCAAAGGCGGAUGAGGAGGCUGCUGAUGUCAAUGAGGAGGUAAAAGCGCUGGCCAAGGAAUCUCAAAUGGACUUUGAUGAUUUUCUGAAAGAUUUGCCUAAGGGCUAUUUGGAAAAUCGAGAUAAGUUGAUGCUCGAGGAGCAGAGCUCGUCGAAGGCUAGUAGCAACAACGAACCCAACGAAACCGACGACAGCGAGUUCGAGGCAAAGGAAUCCAGCGAUGAUGAUGAGAAUACUAUAAGCAAACAGGAAGAAACAGAAAUGGAGGUCGAUCAUAAAAAGGAAAUCGAUGAGCUGGAGGCAGACAAUGACCUUUCCGUCGAACAGCUACUCGAAAAAUAUCGCUCCGGUAAAAUAAAUGAGUCCAGCUAUGGGAAACGACGAAAACUAGCUGUUGAGGCUUCUGAGUUGGACUCGGACGAUGACUCGACAGUGGUUGAGGAUUCAACAGAUGAUAGUGAGAUGGAAGGAGAAUUUGAAGAAGAUGAAGAUCUUUCAACCAUUAAGACCGAUACCGACGUUGAUGAUAAUGAAAAGGAAGAUGGCCUUAAGAGUCUGCUCACAGAUGCUGAUGCCGGAGGUAACAAAGAUGACAUGCUCAAUGAUGCAGCAGCGCUGGCCGAGAGUUUGCAACCAAAAGGCAAUACUUUGUCCUCCACCAAUGUGGUCACGCCUGUGCCAUUUCUUCUUAAGCACUCGCUGCGCGAAUACCAACACAUUGGCCUUGACUGGUUGGUCACGAUGAACGAGCGUAAACUCAAUGGCAUCCUGGCCGACGAGAUGGGAUUGGGAAAAACCAUCCAAACUAUUGCGCUACUGGCACAUCUCGCUUGUGCCAAGGGCAAUUGGGGGCCACACCUAAUUGUGGUCCCAUCGUCUGUGAUGCUCAACUGGGAGAUGGAGUUCAAGAAGUGGUGUCCUGGUUUUAAAAUACUCACCUACUACGGUACACAAAAGGAGCGGAAAUUAAAGCGCGUUGGUUGGACUAAGCCGAACGCAUUUCAUGUGUGUAUUACCUCAUACAAAUUGGUGGUGCAGGAUCAGCAAAGUUUUAGGCGUAAAAAAUGGAAAUAUUUAAUAUUGGAUGAAGCGCAAAACAUAAAGAACUUCAAGUCGCAACGUUGGCAAUUAUUGCUCAACUUUUCUACAGAACGACGUUUGCUUUUGACUGGUACACCACUGCAAAACGAUUUGAUGGAGCUUUGGUCGCUAAUGCAUUUCCUAAUGCCCUACGUUUUCUCAUCACAUCGGGAGUUCAAGGAGUGGUUCUCCAAUCCGAUGACUGGAAUGAUUGAGGGCAACAUGGAGUACAACGAAACGUUGAUAGCACGUUUGCACAAGGUCAUCCGUCCAUUUCUUCUACGUCGACUCAAAAAAGAGGUGGAGAAGCAAAUGCCAAAGAAAUACGAGCAUGUUGUUAUGUGCCGCUUGUCCAAUCGCCAGAGGUAUCUCUACGAGGAUUUCAUGAGUCGUUCGAAAACACGGGAGACUCUUCAAACUGGUAAUUUACUAAGCGUCAUCAAUGUGCUGAUGCAACUGCGUAAGGUGUGCAACCAUCCCAACAUGUUCGAAGUUCGUCCAACUAUAUCGCCAUUUCAAAUGGAAGGUAUUACAUUCCAAACACCUAGACUCGUGGCCGACCUUAUGGAGUAUGAUCCGUUCACGCAAAUCAACCUUCAUUCUGUAAAUUUAUUGCUGAUGCAACUGGAGAAUACGCUUACCGCUUACAUGUCGCACAAGUCUCGAUUGCUGGCACCACCUCGAAAGCUGAUUGAGGAAAUUGAUAGUGCACCUUUGCCACCGCCUCGCUGCCCCAAUGGCAAAUAUCGUUUUCAUGUACGAGUACGUAAUCCAGAGGUGGCGCAACGUAUCAAGCUGCAAGCUGUGCGAGUGGGCGCAAGUCCGGCGAUGCGUCUGGAGGGUACUAAAAUCGUGCCAAUGAGAAGUCUAUUGCCUAGUGGGCGUGUGCUGAAGCGAGUAACGGGCACCAUUAAUCCCAUUAAUAUGUCCAUGCGACCAGUCAUUUUGAAUAGUUUGUUGCCUGCAACUACGGUGACGACGGCGACGACAACUGCGAUAAAUGUGCUAGGCACUUCAAAGGUGCUCACGACACGCUCCCAAAUGAAUGCACCGACUCCGGCGAAAGUUGCAAAGACUAUACAGGAUGGCAAGCCAUUUUUCUAUUUGACGCCUGCAACAAAUACAAGUGGCGGUGGUGCGCGGCUGACGUUGACCAGUAAAUCGACGACUGGCGUUCUCACGACUACGACGAGCAACACAGCAGCCUUGCAAUUAAACAAAGAGCCAAUUGUGAAGGAUUUGGCAACACACGUCAAAGCCGCAUCGACAAAAAAGCAAGCAAGUGAUGCCAAAGCGGAAUCCAGAAAUCUUGCUGGAAAGGAAUCAGCACGCGGGGAAGCCGAAGACCCUUUCAAGUUAGAGCAAUUGUUACAACAACGCAAAGAACAGCGGUUGGCAUCUCUGAAGCGUAUGGCUUCUAUAAACAAACGGCGGUCAGAAGCAACGCCUAUCUACGGGGCUGACUGUCGUGGUACUCUUCAGCGAUGCAUGCAACCGACUCGUACGUUGAACCGUUCGACUUGGCAGACACGUGGCUACGCUAACUGUGGCAUAGCUAUGAGAGAACGCGAUGGAUGGUCUCUGAAUCAUAUAUUAAAAAGCUACGAGCAACGAUGUGCCGAAUUGACUCCCAUCUUUGCCAACUUUGUGAUUUAUGUGCCGUCAGUUUGUGCGCCGCGGAUUCGUCACUAUGUUCACAAACUCACUUCGACGCAUUGGCAAUGUGAGCGUGAAAUUGAGACGGUUGUGACUAAAGAGCUAUCUCCAAAACUGGGGUUACUUCAUCCCAUAAUUUCUGCUAUGACCACACAGUUUCCAGAUCCACGACUCAUACAAUACGACUGUGGUAAGCUGCAAACGCUGGAUCGACUGCUGCGUCAGUUAAAGGUUGACGGCCAUCGUGUGCUUAUAUUUACGCAAAUGACCAAAAUGCUGGAUGUGCUUGAGGCGUUCCUUAAUUAUCAUGGUCACAUUUAUUUGCGGCUGGAUGGUUCGACACGUGUCGAGCAACGUCAGAUUUUGAUGGAACGUUUUAAUGGAGACAAGCGCAUUUUCUGCUUUAUACUGUCUACACGCUCAGGAGGUGUGGGCAUUAAUCUGACAGGUGCGGAUACUGUAAUCUUUUACGAUUCAGAUUGGAAUCCUACAAUGGAUGCACAAGCACAAGAUCGUUGUCAUCGUAUUGGCCAGACCCGUGAUGUUCACAUAUAUCGUUUGGUGUCUGAAAAAACGAUUGAGGUUAACAUUCUGAAGAAGGCGAACCAAAAACGUAUGCUCAGCGAUAUGGCCAUUGAGGGUGGAAACUUUACCACAACAUACUUCAAGAGCUCCACCAUUAAAGAUCUCUUCACCAUGGAUCAAACAGAACAGGAAGAGAGUCAAGAAAAGCCAUGCAGUAGUUCAGCUAAUGAUAUUGGAUCGCAAUCAUCGAAUGGUGGUGCUUCCGAGCCGGUGGAAACAGAAAAACAAUCACUGCGCGCAUUCGAGUCUGCGUUGGCUGCUGCCGAGGAUGAGCAGGAUGUGCAGGCUACCAAGACGGCAAAAGACGAGGCCGCAGCUGAAUUGGCUGAGUUCGAUGAAAAUAUUCCUAUUGAUGAGACUAUCACUGAAGGUGGUGCAGGCGUCGAACUAAGCAAGGCUGAUUUAGAAAUGCAGAACUUGGUAAAGCAGCUGUCGCCCAUCGAACGCUUUGCCAUGCGCUUUGUGGAGGCAACAGGUGCUGCGUGGACAGCGGAGCAACUAAGGGUCGCCGAGGCGGAACUGGAGGCGCAAAAACGAGAAUGGGAGGCAAAUCGUCUAGCAGCUAUGCAAAAGGAAGAAGAGCUACUCAAGCAAGAGGCCGAAGCCGAGGAACUUCUCACAUACAAUCGCAAGGAUGCAAGCAAUCAGAUCUGGAUAUCGCGCAACAACAUGGAGCAAAUGCCGAUGUGGUGCCCACCUACACCGCCGCAGGAUAACAACGACAUCUACAUUGACUUUUCACUGUCGUUCAUGUACGAAAUGGACCCCAUACCGGAGUUUGAUCUACCGCCAGUGUAUGUACGCAAGGAGUACAAGAGGUCGCGGGCGGAUGCCGGUUUCAGCUUUGAUGGCAGUCGCCGGCCGAGUAAAAUACGCCGCGAGGAUAACUUUGUUCCCCCGCGUUCGUUGUUCGAUAGGCCGACAGCUCAACUGGCGCGCCUUCGCCGCGAUUUGAAAAAUCAACGCUUCCGUGGGGCAUUCAAACCAAACUCGCCUAUACCGGGCCUUAAGCCACAGAUGCAACUGAAGCCAAUAGCCGAGCCCGAGGCCAUGAGCGAGUGGUGUAUUUUUGAGGAUAUAGCCAUAUUGCAUGUUUUGGUGAAUCUGCAGGGAUUACCCUGCAGUCUCAUGUUGCUCUCGCCGGGUCAAACGCCAAACUGGGAUCUGGUGUCGGAGAUGGUUAACUUUUGCUCAAAAACAUAUCGGUCUCCGCGCCAGUGUCGCUGGCGCUACGAGACACAUAUACAGCCGCGUGAAGAAGGUAAGGUGGUGGAGAGCCCCAAAAAGCAAAAGAAGCUGAAGCCUACACUGCGUACGGAAUAUGUAAAGAGUCCAUUACGCUAUUUGCGAACGACUCAGCUCUAUAUUAGCGACAACAACUCAUCCUUCUAUAAGGUAAUGCGUUCACGCUUCGAUGCCAUAAAAACGGCCUAUUUAAAGAAGGCUCCGCCGCCUAAGCGCCAGUUUAGUGCGCCCAGUCUAAUGAAUCCCAAACACAUGGAGGUUCUACAGGAGUUUGGUAUUGUUAACUACGAUCAGCCAGUGUCGCCCAUGAACAUCGCAAUACUGAAGGCCAACAAGCUACGAGAGAAACAGCAGCAGAGAGGACCUUUGGCGCCACCAACAGCACCGCAGCAACAACAGCAGCAGCAGCAACAACAACAACAGCAAGCACAGGUAUUACAAUCUCAAAAUGCGCCAAUGCAACAGGUUCCUACAACGCUGCCAAUGCAGCAACAACAACAGCAGCCGCAGCUCGAAUUGGUGCAACAAGCCCAGGCGCAGCAGCAACAGACAACUGUGGCCGUGGGCACACCCCUGACCACGAGUAGUGCCAGUCAGUUGCAGCAGUUGCAGAUACAACAUCUGACCAAUGCGAAUGUAUCCGCCGGCUUGGCACAGACGCAACAAACGACCAUAUUGCUUCAUCCGCAGGGCAGCUUGCAGGCUGCUCAACAGCAACAUGCAACGGGCAGCGUCACACAAUCGCAAUUACUUCGCACGCAUCAGCUAGGACCGCCACAGCAGCAGCAGCAGACGGCUCAAGGACCUACUCAGAUCGUGAAAACCAUUGUAGGCACGUCGUCUAGUCUCAUUGCUGGUCAGAUGCAACAACUGGCACAGCAAUCCGCAGGCUCUGGAGGUGUGCAGCUGCAGCCACCACCUGGUAGUCAGAGUUCUGUCUCCGUAGUGUUGACCACUCCCGUUCAGUCGCUGCCAUCGGUGGUGCAAACAAUGACUCAUCAUGCGAAUGUUCCAGCUUCUGCGGCACAGAUUGUUUCCAUAUCCUCGCAAACCAUGCCUGUCAAUAGUUCGCCGCAAGUGGGCAGUAUUGUGCAAACUCAGACACUCCCCCAGGUAGUGUCUGUCUCCUCCCUGCAAACUGUGGGAUCCGUGUUAACAACGACGGCGGGCCUGCAGUCCACAGGCUCUGUGGCUACCCUCAAUACGACCACAUUGCGCGGUCAACGCAUCGUGUCCGCCGCCACAGGAAACACUCUGCAGGAUGUGGUGCUGCAACAACGAACAGCGCAGGCUGGUCAAUCCAUCGUGUCAAUGUCCAAUUUGGGACAGGGUGUGUCGCCAGCACAAUUCCAGACACAGCUUCGACUGGCGGCCGUUCCUACUUCACCUGCAACGCAGACCCAACUGGUUACCACCAAAAGUAUGCCAGUAAGCGCAUUGCAACAGGGUGCUAAGGGCGUCCUGCCUGGAACGCCACAGCCAGGCGCACACAUCCAACUAUACCGGCAACGCAACAUAAAGGUACUCCAGGCCGCACAGGCAUCAGCCAAUGCCUCAGCCACCUUGAGUCCGGCAGUAGUGCAAACAACAGGUGGUCUGGCGCCUGGAACCAUUAUCCAGGCUAGUAACAUCAUGCAGGCGGGCCCUCAGACUCACGUCACCAGCCAGAAGGUUGCAGUAUCUGGCAUGCAAGGAGCCACCACAGCACAGGCUGGAAACGUAGUCACAUCCGUGAGCACCGUACAAAUGACUCACGGUCAGGCGCGCACGCAAUUCAUCAAGCAGAUGGCCGCAGGCAAACAGACACUCCAGCGACAACUGGUCACAGAUGGUAGCGGAAAUCCCACAGGUGGCGGGGACAUGUUGCUUGUUAAGCGUCACAAUAUAAUUGCUGCUCAAAAGGCUCAACAGGCAACGGGGCAACUUUUUACCACUACAACCACCACGCAACAAGGACUCCAGCAACAGCAGCAGCAAGGUCAGCUGCCUGUAGCUGGAGCUGGUGGCCCGCAACAAUCUUUAGGUCAACAACAACAGGUGACACAGCAACAGAUUGCUUCGCUGGUGAAAGCUUCGACUGCAGCAGCAGCCAGUGGUGCUAGCGUCAGUGCCGGUGGUGUUACUGUUUCGGCAACGGGUCCACCCACCGCUCAGGGUACUGUGAACAUGACGUUGCCGCAACUGAAGCCGGGAAGCCAAAUCAAGGUGACCAUGCCCAAUCAGAUACGUCAGAUGCCCCAACAACUGGCCAUGCCCCGCAAAAUCAGUCGCAUGACACAGCUGGUGAGCGCCUCUGGCCAACCCACGGCCACCAACAUAGUGACGACCACGGUGCCGCAGCAAACGGCCGGUGGUGUCACUGUUUCGCCAGCUGGUAAUCCGACGUUGCCCACGGUGCAAGGGCAACAGCAGCAACAAAAAGGAGCGCCUGGUGGGGCCAGCGUGCAAGCCCAACUCUUGCAUAUUCAGAACACCAAAACGCUGUCCAAUUCGGUAACUGUGCAACAAAUCCAACAGGUAAUGCGUAGCGGCCAGCACGGUACUCUAGCCACCACAAAUCUGGUGCUAGGAAAAACUAGUGUAGGUCGUGUUAUACCAGUUUCACAAGCCACCCAGCGUCAGACCAUACAGGUUGUAUCGGCUGCCUCAGGUAAUCUGCGCACCCAUGUCUCGGGUCAAAACAUAGCUAGUGCUCUAAAGGUGGCUGCAUCGGGCGGUAAUCCCACACAGGCAACGCAACAGACUCUGAUUGCUGCACUGCAACAAAAUCAGCGACAAAAUGCAAGUCCUGUGCGACUGCAAACCACUGCCGGUGGCAAUUUGCUUGCUGUGGUGCAGCAGCAGCAACAACAGCAGCAACAACAACAACAGCAGCAGCAACAACAGCAACAACAACAAGUGCAACAACAUACAACUAUGGCUGCACCCACAGCUGGACCAGCCGAGGUGAUGACCAUAACGCAAACCACCGCAACAUUGCCGACAGUCAGCAACAUGCAACAACAGCAGCAGCAGCAACAACAACAACAUCAGCAGCAACCAACGACACAACAGGUACGCACGCUGGUGAAGAAAAAGAUCAUGAUCAGAAGCGAGAAAGAAUAACAUUUACCGAAUCGCACAAGAGCCGCUCGGCCACGUCAUACAAGAGCCACUAGUACUCGACGCAAUAUCACAACCACCACCACAACAACCACCGCCAUUGCCAUUGCUGCCACAGCCACAGCCACAACCAGCUGCACCACAAUCAGCAACAAUGCAAUCACGCAGAGUGUUGUUAGUGGCGGCCGAGCUCGUAAGGCAACAUAAAAAAAUAUUUAAAAUUUGUUUUUGGAAUAAGGUUUGUGUCAAAAUUUGAAGCCCAUAGCCACCAUUCUCGUCCUCGUUCUCAACAUUCAUGCAUUUUUUCCAUGUCGUCGCUAGCGUUUUCAUUAAAAACGGUUAGAGAGACAAACAGACGCACAGUCAGUUAGUCAGUUAGUCAGUCAGUCAGUCAAUCAAUCAAUCAGCCAGUUUAUCAGUAAUUGCUAAAUUGAUCUCAAUUUUUGUUGAUUGAAUUUACAGCCGUGAGCGCUGCUGGCUUCCGAGUCUGGGCGACAUGGCGACUUGGCUACGCCUGUUGGAGCGAACUCCAGCAAGCAAAAGCUGAACCAUUCUGCAGCUGUAUUAUAUUAACAUAUAAAUAAUAGAAAUAAUAUACAUAUAUAAAUAAAUACAUAUAAAUAAAUAAAUAUAUAUAUGAAAAUAAAUACAUACAUACACUAUGCAUAAAUAAAUAAAUAU